AUGAAGCCACAUCAAUCAUACAGAGAGUGGGUAGCCGAUCUCCGCGGAUUGGCAAGAGAGUGUAACUUUUCGUGCUCAGCCCAGAAUUGUUUGCACAAUUUCGUGGAUGAUAUGAUUCGUGACCAAAUUAUUAUACGUACACCUCACGAUGCAGUGCGCACGGCUGCGUUCCAAAAGCCCCAGCCGACACUUGCUGAUGUUUUGCAGAUUGCAGAAUUGUACGAAACAACCACUAAAACGGUGGCAACAAUUAAAGAACAAACGAUCGAAAACUCAAUGCCUGUUAAUUCAGUUGUAAAAUUCAAAUCAUGUUCUGGCUGUGGAAACUCUCAUGCAAGAGAAAACUGUAAAUUUAGAAAUGCUGUUUGCAAUAGAUGUAGCAAAAUUGGACAUAUUGCGCCAGUGUGCAUGUCAAAACAAAACAAGAACAACAAACGUAGUUCAGGUGAUGAAAACAAUAAGAAGGAUUAUCGUCGUAAAAGUCACAACAUUGGUACUGUUGAAACAAUUAACAGUUUAACAGGUAUUGUAAAAACUGAAAGCAAUAAGAAUUACAUUGACUUGGAAAUUUGUAAUAAAAUUGUGUCUUUCCAAAUGGAUUCUGGUGCAACAGUUUCUUUAAUAAAUAAGCGAACAUUCAAAACUCUAAAUUGCCCAAAGUUGCGGAAUUGUACAAAAACCUUAUUUGGUUUUGGCAAAAAUGAAAUUCCAGUGCUUGGUGAACUUUGCGUAGAUAUCAAAUGUGGCGGAAAAGAAAGGGAAGUGGUAAUCGUUGUCGUGGAUGUCGAAAACUGUAACAAUUUAUUCGGUUUCGAUUUAUUUAAAGAAUUCGGCCGACAAAUUCCAUUUUCGCAAAUGUCACUUUUCAAGAAAGAAGUCGAUCGAUUGACAAAUGCGGGUAUUUGGAAACCUGUGAAGUUUUCCCAAUGGGCUUCGCCUAUUGUACUAGCGCCAAAAGCUGAUGGUUCCAUAAGAAUUUGUGGGGAUUUUAAACAAGCAGUCAAUGCGCAAAUUGACAUUGAACAAUAUCCUUUGCCCAUACGCGAAAGUCUUUUCCAUAAAAUAAAUUGCGGUCAACAUUUUACAAAAAUCGACCUUAAGGAUGCGUAUUUACAAAUGGAACUCGACGAUGAAGCAAAAACAAUAAUGGUUGUCAACACUCCACUUGGGUUAUUCCAAUACCAACGUUUACCGUUUGGAAUUGCAAGCGCUCCAGCUAUAUUCCAAAGAUAUCUUGAGCAGUUACUUCAAGGCGUAGAAGGUUGCGGAAAUUAUCUCGAUGACAUUAUCAUCUCCGCACCUACAUUUCAACAACACAUCAGCCGCCUAGAACAAGUACUUCGUAUUUUGCAACAAAAUG